UUACUCACGUAUAAGACUUUCACUUGUUUUUUAGAAGGCUUGACGUUAACACUCAUUUUACGGACGAAUAAGUGUUUUAUUUUAGUAUUGUAGGAUCGCAAAAUCAAAAAAUAUGAAAUUGUUCCUUAUAGCCUUCCUGGCAACAUUGGCGCUUGUUCAAGCUGCCUCCAAGGAAGAAAUUGCUGCUGCAGAAUACCUAGAUAAUUUGAAUAAAGAGAUUGCAAAACGCACCAAUAUUGAGACAGAAGCAUCUUGGGCAUAUGCAUCAAAUAUUAACGAUGAAAAUGAACGUAAAAAAAAUGAAAUCUCUGCUGAAGUUGCAAAAUUCAUGAAGGAAGUGUCAAAGGAUAUACAAAAGUUCAAGUGGCAGUCGUACCAAUCAAGCGAUUUACGUCGUCAGUUUAAAAUGCUCUCUAAAUUGGGAUAUGCUGCUCUACCCGAAGAAGACUAUGCUGCAUUUUUAGAGAUCAUGUCAACUAUGGAAUCUAAUUUCGCCAAAGUACGUGUUUGUGAUUAUAAAGACUCCACCAAGUGUGAUCUAUCAUUAGACCCAGAAAUUGAAGCAGUUAUUACUACUAGCCGUGAUCCUGAAGAGUUAGCCUACUACUGGCGAGAGUUUUACGAUAAGGCAGGCACGGCAGUACGCACACCCUAUGAAAGUUAUGUAGAAUACAAUACCAAAGCAGCCAAGCUAAAUAACUUUACGUCUGGUGCUGAACUGUGGUUAGAUGAAUAUGAAGAUGAAACAAUUGAACAACAGCUUGAGGAUAUUUUUGAUGAAAUUCGUCCACUUUACCAAGAAAUACAUGGUUAUGUGCGUCAUCGUUUGCGUGCAUUCUAUGGUGAUAAAGUAGUCUCUGAAAAGGGACCAAUCCCAAUGCAUUUAUUAGGUAAUAUGUGGGCACAACAAUGGUCAGAAAUUGCUGAUAUCGUAUCACCGUUCCCUGAAAAACCGCUAAUUGAUGUUACUGCUGAAAUGGUUAAACAGGGUUACACUGCAACAAAAAUGUUCGAAAUGGGUGAUGAUUUCUUCACUUCGAUGAACUUGAAAAAAUUACCGCAAGAUUUUUGGGAUAAGAGUAUUUUGGAAAAACCAGAUGAUGGACGUGAUUUAGUUUGUCACGCAAGUGCUUGGGACUUCUAUUUAACUGAUGAUGUACGCAUUAAGCAAUGUACUCGUGUUACACAGGAUCAAUUCUUUACAGUACAUCACGAAUUAGGACACAUACAAUACUUCUUACAAUAUCAGCAUUUACCAUUUGUCUAUCGUACCGGUGCCAAUCCUGGUUUCCAUGAAGCGGUUGGUGAUGUGCUCUCACUUUCUGUCUCUACACCAAAACAUUUGGAACGUGUGGGUUUGCUAAAGAACUAUGUUCGUGAUGAUGAAGCACGUAUCAAUCAAUUAUUCUUGACUGCUUUGGAUAAAAUUGUUUUCUUACCUUUUGCUUUCACUAUGGAUAAAUACCGUUGGUCAUUAUUCCGCGGGCAAGUUGAUAAAUCCAAUUGGAAUUGUGCUUUCUGGAAGUUACGUGAAGAAUACUCUGGUAUUGAACCACCAGUUGUACGUACUGAAAAAGACUUUGAUGCACCAGCUAAAUAUCAUGUCUCAGCUGAUGUUGAAUAUUUGAGAUAUCUUGUUUCGUUCAUCAUUCAAUUCCAAUUCUACAAAUCAGCUUGUAUUAAGGCUGGUCAAUAUGAUCCUUCUAACACGGAAUUACCUUUGGAUAAUUGUGAUAUUUAUGGCAGUAUUGAAGCUGGUGACGCUUUCCACAAAAUGCUUUCAUUAGGUGCAUCUAAAGCAUGGCCCGAUGCACUUGAAGCUUUUAAUGGUGAACGUACUAUGACCGGUAAAGCUAUUGCAGAAUAUUUUGAACCAUUACGCAUUUGGUUGGAAGCAGAAAACAAAAAGAACAAUGUGCACAUUGGCUGGACUGCCUCAGAUAAAUGCGUUGCUGCGUAAGAGAUGUUACGAUUCGAACAGUUUCAUUUCGUUUUAAUCAUAAAAUUAUUUUAACACUGA